CGUAAAGCCCCUGAAAUAAACAAGUAUGUUUUCCAGGGAUAAAACAAUUAUAUUUUAAGCAUUAACCAAACUUCAUCCUUGUUUAUAAUACGUACACAAUCAGUAUGUUGAGCACAACAGAAAGCGUUUCAUGUGAAAUAGUUCGCACUGAUGUUCAAACUAACCAAAAAAGUCAUCAAAAUAGUUUUAUGAAUAUUUUGUAUUAGUGCAAAUUGCAGAAUUAACUGAAACGCUAUAACAAAAGGGAUACAAACUAUAUAAAACGUGCAUAAACGUAAAUUCCAAAAUGACUCUAUCGGAAUCAAAAUUUAAACAAUUAAAAGAACAAAUUAUUUUACAUGCAAGUGCAACUGAAAGACAUGCUCAAAUUUUGAACUCAUUAAAGGAUUUGUUUAAAGAAGAUAUUAAUUCUGUUCGAAGAUUUGAACAAAUCAGCAAUAUAGCACAAUUAUUAAAAGUUUUAGAAAUAAGAGAUGUGUUGUCAGAGGAUGAUGUUGCUCCUUUGAAAGAUGUGGCACGCCAACUACCAAAUAGCUCAGAAAUGCUGCGGAAAAUUGCUGAAUAUGAAGAAAAUCACAAGUGUGGAGAGUUUAUUUCUGUUCCUAAGUCACCUCCAAAACAAAAAGAACAUAGUCAUUCUGGAUGGGAUAUUAACAGCAUACAGAAUUCUGAAUAUUCUGUAAAAAAGGAAAGGAUAUUUGAAGUUAUUUCUGAAGAAAUUGGCACCCAUUGGAGAAAUCUAGCGAGAUAUUUGAAAACAAGGGAAUGUACAAUAAUUGAAAUUGACAGUAAAAACAUACCACUUUCAAGUAAAGCUAUGGAGAUUUUGAAAUUGCAUUGUAAAAAAGCAAAUCCACAAAAGUGGUUUUUUGACUUGUGUAAUGCAUUGGACAAAGUGCAUAGGACUGACAUAGUGUUAUCACUGCAAGAAAUUAUGUCUAUGAAUAUUUAGACACCAACUUCAGCGACAGUAAUGUAUUCAUUUUGUGUUUAGGCUUUUGAAGAAAUUUAGGACCUGCUUGUAUAUGAGAAUAAAUUUGUAAUAUGGAGUAAAAAUGAAAAAUUAAGAAAGAGGAAUAAGAAAUUAAAUUUCAUGAUUAAUUAUAAUUUUAAAAUAUAAUUGUGUUAAAAUAUGGAUACCUGAUAUAUAAGAUAUUUUUACUUUCAUGACAUCUUAGCCAUAAUACUUCACUAUUCAAAAAUAAUAUAUAUUGCCAAUAUAUGAAUACUAUCAUCUAUUUUAUUGUUAAUGUAACUAUAAUGUGUCUUAUUGAAACAAAACUACUCUGGAUUUCAUUGUGAUAAAUUUGUUUAUUUUUAGACACUUUGUUUUGAAGCCUUCAUGGUCACAGAAUGCCUGAGAGGUUUGAAUGUCUGAAAUUUUAAUUAUCAAGAAUAAAAACUGUAAAAUGGUUUUAUUUCAA